AUGGAGCCAGAAACAGACCAGUCAUCCGCUUAUACCCUGCUAGAGAAGCUCGGUAUGGGAAGCUUUGGCACGGUCUGGAAAGCCGUCCAUAACGAGACUGGCCAAGUGGUCGCCAUCAAGAUCAUCAACUUGGAGACCACUACGGAUGAUCUUGAUGAGAUCCAAGCCGAGAUUGCGCACCUUCGGACAUGCCUUUCCGACAAGGUCACACGGUACUACGGCAGCUUCAUCAAGGGCUAUCGCCUAUGGAUCCUGAUGGAAUAUCUUGCCGGAGGUAGCUGCCAGGACUUGCUCCAACCAGGUGUCUUCACCGAGGCCCAGACUUCAGCCGUUUGCCGUGAGCUGUUGCUUGGGCUCGACUACCUCCACACGCAGGGCAAGAUCCAUCGCGACAUUAAGGCUGCCAACGUCCUCUUCUCUGCCACCGGUGAAGUCAAACUUGCCGACUUUGGCGUUGCCGCCCAGCUGUCGGCGUACCAGUCCCAACGACACACAUUUGUCGGCACCCCGUUCUGGAUGGCACCAGAAGUCAUCCAACAGACAGGCUACGACGCGAGGGCAGACAUUUGGUCUCUGGGUAUCACUGCCAUUGAAAUGGCCAAGGGCGAGCCGCCAAUGGCCGACUUUCAUCCCAUGAAGGCCUUAUUCAUGAUCCCCAAGCUCGACGCGCCACGGCUGGAGGGCUCCUACAGCAAAGACUUUCGGUCGUUCGUCGAGAUGUGUCUCCAGAAGGAACCGAAGAAUCGAGCCACCGCGAAGGCAUUGCUUCAACAUCCCUUCAUCCGCCGAGCAGGGUCCACCUCUGAUCUGGAGAAAUUGGUCAAGCGAUACGCGACUUACAAGUCCAAUCAAAAGAAGAAGGCGACAUCGAAGCCUGAUCCCGCCACAAUUAUGGGGGCUACAGUCACGACAGAGUGGGACUUUGACGACACUAUCCGAGGGACACUCAAGGGCGUGCCGGUGAAUCUCAACCUCGAGGCACUGGAGACGUCGAUCGAUGCUAGCACCGUGAAAGGACUACGUGCGACUGGCGAUCAGACUGUGCCCGACUCAAGCCCACAACAGCAACCAGAACUAGAAGAGCCCAGCUCUCGUGAUCAAACAAUCAAGGCCCAGCCGCCUACUGGGCCCGUAAAGGGUAACUUGUUGGAUCAGGUCCUGCUGCCAGCGCUCGACUCGGCCGCCAACCGACACCCACAUUCUGUUUACAAUCUGAACGCCAUCCGUGCUGGAUUAGCAGCUCUGGGACUGAACAACCCAGCACUAGCGCGUGAGAUUGUCGACGGUGUUGUGGAGAGGGUUCAGGCCCAGUUACCGUCCAACGCGGAGUCACUGUCACAACCAGCUGGCCAGUCGGAUCUCAUCACGUACCACAGCCCGGUGGCCAACCUGCUGCUACAGCGAUGGUUAGAUCAAACUACUCAAUUACGCGCUUGA